AUGGACGCUCCUAUGGCCGUGGAAGUUCCAAGUGGUGAAAACUAUGAUUUUGAUGGCUAUUUUGAGCCAUAUGAAGGCUUUGACCUAGGAAUGUCAGAGGAAGAAGAGGACUUUCUUGAUGACAUUAUGGCUGAUCCUGAUUAUGUGCAGUCAGAUGAUGACCAUAUUGAAAGUGCUGACUCCCAGGAUUCAAGUUUUAUGGGAUCUCAGGAACCGCUUGGUAGCAUCUAUUGGCAGGAUGAGACAGUAGAUGAUGAACAGUGCCCUGACAACAAACAAACCCAAUUUACACCCAAUCUACCACCAGGGGUAAAUACAGGGAGACUGAGAAAGAAUUCCCUUAAGACUAAAACACCGAUGGAUUUCUUGAGGUUAUUUGUAACAUCACAGCUAAUAACAUCCCUGUGCAUUGCAACCAAUCACUUUGCUGAGUCUCUUGUUAAUAAAGGCAAAUUCACCUCCUAUGCCCAGCCGGAUGGAACUUGGUGCAGAGUGACAGAGGAAGAAAUGUAUAAGUUUAUAGGUAUUAUCAUAUACAUGUCCUUCACAAAGAUGUCCACUAUGGAUAGAUAUUGGGCCUCAAACUACUUGUAUCGUUUCAAUCCUGUGCCUCUCCUACUUCCAAAGAGACGUUUCCAGUCCAUCCUGGCGUUCCUACAGAUAACACCUCCAGCAGACAUUGAUAAAAGUGACAAACUCACUCGAAUUACACCCCUUCUAGAUCAUGUCAACGCAGUAUCCAAGGAAUUGUUCCAACCCUUUCGUCAAAUAGCAGUAGAUGAGAGAAUGGUUGCUUCAAGACACAGAUUUUCUGGAAUACGCCAGUUUAUAAAAGAUAAACCUGUGAAGUUUGGCUUAAAGUUGUGGAUACUUGCUGAUACUCAAACUGGAUAUACCUAUAAUUUUUAUGUGUAUUUAGACUUGCUAGCCAAAUCCACCUAUCUCAUAGGUGCGGUACGCAAAAACAGUACAGCAAUGCCACUGUGUUUCAAAACAUCUGUUGAUCAGUGGGAAAAAGCUACAAGUCGGCGUAGAUCUCAAGACUGGCUUGACUCGCGCGCUCUCACCGGAAGCUCGAAGACACCUGAGUCUUCCCGAAUGCCCACAGCAUUCCGGCAAGGCGGACAAUUACUGUUGGCUUAG